AUGACUUUCUUUGCUUGCAGUGUUUCAAUGAUUUCCCGUCGGCAUAGGCUCCUGCAGCAAGCAGACACCAAUGGACUUUCUUUCCGGCGAGUGACCAGACCCGCCGUGCCAGACAGCAUACCUGUGUUGAACCACCACAACGAACAGCGUGAAGUCGAAGAUCUUAGGAGAUUCCAAAACAAUUUCCUCUCAAAUGGUCUUCCAGAAGCCAUCUCUCACAAAGACUCGGGUUCGAAGCUGCAUGGGCGUAAAGACUCCACCUGGACGUACGCUAAAACCCCAUCAAUUGCUGCUGCCACCAUACUUGGAACAAUCACCUUCUUGGCUCUGGUCUUCCUUAUAGUGUGGUAUAUUAGACGAGAGCGCACUCGGCGACUUCGGUAUAUGCGAAAUGAAAGCCAAGAUCCAUUCUAUACCUCAAACCUCACUCUAACCGAAGAUACAAGCAAGACGCUCCACGAUUUUCUCAUGAAAGAUGUCCAACCAGAGCGAACCUCUCUCAUGUUCAGUCGCAGCCGAUCUCCCUCUUUUACAUUCGUCAUUAAUAAAGCAGAUCGUCAAAAAUCCACGAACAGACUAUACCGUGGAAGUUACGACGCGUCAUCGAAUAGUCUCAGCAAGCUCACUUCCCUAACUAGGGUAUCGACAGAGGCAUCUCGGCCAAGCUUGAUGAUCUCCGGUCUGACACAGACAACAUCGAACUCUUCUACCCAGCUACCCGCAUCUUCAUCCCGUCUAUCUAUGGUAUCAACGGUGCCUCCAACAGCCCGGUCUUCGAUGCUGUGGACGACCACCACAUCCUCCACGAAUAGUACUAUAGGCACCAGUGCCACGGAACCUAGCUCGAUUUUCAGUCAGCUGCCAACUUCUAGCUCUAGGACCUCGCAGUCUGUCCCUCCCUCUUUGAACAAUCCGCGCAGUUCCGUUAAUUCAAUUGUUCGCUCAAAUCCCUCCGAUGCGUCACGAACUUCCAGCCGGCAUUCUGUUACUAGUGCUCGAAAUUCAAUUCCAAUUGCGAUGGAACAGAAUGUUGCUUCGCGAAGGGCGCAAGUGAAGUCUCACCGUCGUAGCCCGUCUUCCGUUCAGUCUCCCAUCGAACUAUCGGGUGUCUCUGGGCAGUCCUCGCAAUUACCCUCUAUUCCGUCAACUCCGUCGGGUUCUUUUCGACUUUCUGAUGCAUAG